GUAUAUAUAAAAACACGGUUUAUAAAUGUCUCUUUGACACAAGGCUGUUGGUGCAUACAGGCUGGAGAGAUAAAGAGAUCACUGAUCCUUAAUCACGAGCACCGUCAACGAGGCGAAAACAACCGACUCCCUCUCUUUUCCCCUCCUCGGGACCCUCAGUCUCUCUCACAACCCCAGUUCUUUACCACUCUCUGCCUGCCCAUCUUCCUACCCUCAACCAUGGCUCCGACGCUGGCCACGGCGUUCGCCCGCCGCUGGUGGAUGGCAGUGACUUCUAUCAUUGAGAAUCUCCUCUUUUCUGCUGUGCUCUUGGGAUGGGGAUCACUCCUCAUUAUGCUUAAGUCAGAGGGCUUCUACUCAUACCUAUGCAGCGAUAAAGGUAACAGCUCCAGCUACAAUCUGUCCCUGGAGACAACACAGGUGCCCGACGAGUACUUUGACUACUAUGAAGAUAGCGAGGGGCCCAUGGUGGCCCUGGGGGACGGAGUGGAGAUGAAGCCCCUGGUCCCGGCGGACGGGCUUCUGAAGAUGAAUGGCUGGCUAAUCUGUAAGGAGCAGGAUGAGAUGUUGAACCUGGCCUUCACUGUGGGCUCAUUCCUCCUCUCUGCCAUCACACUACCACUGGGAAUUGUCAUGGACAAAUAUGGACCUCGGAAACUCCGACUGUUGGGCAGCACAUGCUUUGGCUUGUCUUGUCUGUUCAUUGCUUAUGGAGCCUACCAACCCAACGAACUCUCAGUCCUUAUCUUUAUCGCGCUGACUUUCAAUGGCUUUGGUGGCAUGUGCAUGACCUUCACCUCCCUCACGUUGCCUAACAUGUUUGGGGAUCUGCGUUCCACCUUUAUCGCCCUGAUGAUUGGCUCCUAUGCUUCCUCUGCUGUCACCUUCCCUGGCGUCAAGGUGAUCUAUGACUUUGGCGUACCAUUCAUUACUAUUCUGGUGGUGUGGGCAGCCUGUGCUGGAAUUGUCUUCCUAAACUGCUUCUUCAACUGGCCCCUGGAACCCUUCCCAGGAGCAGGGGACAUGGACUACACUGUCAAGAUAAAGUUCAGCUGGCUGGGCUUUGACCACAAAAUCACAGGCAAACAGUUCUACCGCCAAGUGACCACAGUGGGCCGUCGUCUAAGUGUGGGCAACAGUCUGGUGCAGAAAGAUUUGCCCACCAAGGAGGGCAAGCUCUGCCUUUCCACCAUGGACCUGGAGUUAGACGGAAAGCCUAAAGAAGAGUCCCAGUCAUUCAUGAAAACCAUCAUCACCCCCAUCUUCCUGCUCAGCCUGGUGACCAUGUCGGUCACUCAGCUGCGUCUCUUGUUCUACAUGGGAGCCAUGAAUAGCGUGCUGGAGGUGCUAAGUGAUGGUGAUCUCAACACAGUGGAAAGAAUGGAACUUGUGAGUUUGUACUCGUCCAUCUUCGGCGUUCUUCAGCUGCUUUGCCUCAUGACCAGUCCUGUGAUUGGUCAGAUCAUGGACUGGAAGUUGAAGGAGUGUCACAACGGAGAGGAAUCAAAGGAUUUGUGCAGCAAGGAUGAACCAAAGAAAAAGCAAAGAGACAACAAAACCCAGAAGGUGACCAACGCCCUGCGAGCAUUUCUGCUUACGAAUGUCCUUUUGGUGGGCUUCGGGAUCACUUGUCUGAUACCCAACCUCCAUCUCCAGAUUGUGUCAUUUAUCUUGCACACUGUGGUGAGAGGAUUCCUUCACUCGGCUGUCGGUGGCCUGUACGCUGCUGUGUACCCCUCCUCGCAGUUUGGCAGUCUAACAGGCAUGCAGUCACUAGUCAGUGCUGUCUUUGGUCUGCUGCAGCAGCCCCUCUUUUUGGCUAUGAUGGGACCCCUGGAGGGAGACCCAUUCUGGGUCAAUAUCGGCCUGCUCGCUCUCAGCAUGCUGGGCUUCCUGCUGCCUCUCUACCUGGUUUGCUACAGACACAUGCUCCACAAAGAGCGGCACGAGAAGGAGAAUAACGUCAAGAUCUACAUCAAAAUUAACGGAUCUGACAUCCCUGAGGCCUUUGUUUAAUUACAGAGAGCAACCACAACACGAUGGAAGAAUGAAGAGAAACAUCUGAGUGGUGCAGCAUGCAAACUGACAAAUCCUCUUUAGCGAUGCCAUUCUUAUAGGACUAAUGUUUAUUGAGCAUGCAAACACACCAACAUCCUCUUAUUUAAAGUUUGUGCUGUGGAAGUCUACCAGAAAACUGUGAAAAGGAUAAACGAAGCGGAAGAGGAAAGACUGUGAAAGGAAAGAGGCAUCGGCACUCUGUAUUCCCCCAGUCCUCGACUUGGUUUUGUCAUUUUGUCACAAUAUUCCACAUUAUAAAAGCUUGUUUUGUCCAGUGAAACUGCUUAACUUUAAUGCUUAAACUCUCUUUAACUACCUUUGUGAGUGAUUAUGGGGGAGUAUAAGGGCCACAAAAACUACUUUGAGAAAGCUGUAAUGUUACGAGAAAAAACAUCAGCACAUUACAAAAAAAUAAACAAAACAGAACAAUUUUUCAUUGUAAUUUUAUGAAACUUGUAACGACACAACUUCACACUCUGAAAUAGUUUUUAACAAAUAUUGAAUGAUUUUAACCACAUUUUGACAAUCAACUUUCAAAACGUUAGACACAGUUUUAAGUUUCAGAUUUUUUUUUUCUCAUGAUAUUUUGACUUUUUUCUCAGAAUUGUACUACUGCUGUUUCAUUGUGACCCCAAUACUCCUUUGUAAGGAAUUGCACAAUUGUUUUGUUCUUUGAUUCAGAGUUUAGGAAGAUUUAAAUUUUAAGACCAUUCACAUUCAAUUUUAAUUUGACUGAGGAUGUAAGGUCAGUGUGAACUACUGUAUGUCUUUCAUUUAUUUAGAGACCAUUUUUUUCGUGUUUCUUUGGUAAUCUUUUGCCUAUUGGUCUACCUUUCCCACAUUUAAGUGGCUUACGUUGUUUUCAAGUAAGUACAGUAUUGUAGAUGUAUGUCAGGUCUUUAAGGCUUGUUUUACAAAGGACAUCACGCAAACUGCAUUAUUGGUAUUGCUAAAAGAAAAGUAACCAUUUAAA